AUGGGUGCAAGCGUUCCUCGAAAGGCAAUCCAAACGACACAUAGUCGCAUAGGAAGCCCGAAACUCAGGGCAUCUACGAGAUUACUUUUCGGCUUCGGUAACAAGCGUAUUCCAUUGCUGGGUGAGCUGUAUACGCAAGUGAAGUGUGUCGACAAAGAAAAGUAUGUCGAAAUUGUAGUAACCAACAUUGACUGUGGGGAGAACCUUUUCGAGUUCGACUUGUUCAAACAAUUUGGAUUCGAAAUCCAGCAAAUUUCAAACGUCACGGAAACAGAAGUAGACCAAGUGGAAAAGGUUUGUACAAAAUACAAAGAACUUUUCGAGCCAGCACUUGGCACGAUUAAAGACUUUAAAGCGAGUGUCUAUUUAAAGGCAAAUGCAACGCCGAAGUUUUGUAAAAGUCGGAAAAUUCCAUUUUCGCAAAUGCCGCAGUUUAAGAAGGAAGCCGAAAGACUUACCUAUGCGGGCAUUUGGAAACCGAUUAAAUUCUCAAACUGGGCAUCUAUAGUCCUAGCGCAAAAAGCAGAUGUGUCUAUACGAAUUUGUGGGGAUUUCAAGCAAGUAGUUAACGCGCAAAUCGAUAUCGAGCGGUUCCCGUUGCCAACACGGGAAGCCUUGUUUCAUGCUAUUCGCCACGGUAAGCAAUUUUCGAAAAUUGACCUUAAGGACGCGUAUCUUCAGAUGGAACUCGACGAUGACUCGAAAACCAUAUGGGUUGUCAACACGCCGCUGGGCCUAUUCCAAUAUCAGCGCCUACCCUAUGGAAUAGCUAGCGCCCCAGCAAUUUUUCAGAAAUACCUAGAACAACUUCUCUUGAGGGAUGUGCGCCUCGAGCUUGUACUACAAAUUCUGCAAAACAGUGGCAUCAAGUGCAAAAAAGAAAAGUGCUCGUUCCUGCAAGAUAUAAUUGAAUAUCUUGGACGUCAAUUGAGUUCUAAGGGCAUACUACCCGACGAAAGUGGUCUGAGAGCGGUAAGAGACCUUAAACCGCCAAGGGAUCUCAAACAGGUGGAAGCGUUUAUGGCUGGCGGCCCCAAUAAACAUGCUGCGCCGUAA